GAAAAAAAUAUUUGUACUACAAGCGGGAUUACUGGAAAAGAAAAGAUGUAAAUGAGCCGAGACUAUAUCAAUCGAAGCUAGACAUGGUUUUACUAGAAUUUGCCGUAAUAGUAAUACAGUCUGGUGACUAGGCUCACUGCCACUCACACUACUUGACUAGUAUAGCAGAUAAAGAUCUAUCCAAAAAAAAUCAAGUUCAACACAACUUAAGCAAACCACCCAAUUCUCUUUACUCUGCCAUUGAUUAUCAACUAACUACACUCUACAUAGUUGCAGAAUGGAGACUCUUUCCAGAGGAAGUUGCCCAGUUUUUAUGAACAUCUUCUUUUUUGCCAGAAAUUCAAUUGCAAAUUCAAAUCAAAGUAGCAGUAUAUUGUUUCCCAAAUCAUCUUCACUCAGAAAUCCCACUGUUUCUGUCCUUAAAUCCCCUUCUCAAGCAAGUGAACGUGCUGAUGAAGAUGUUUUGCGAGAAUUUUUCAGGGAAAGACAGUUGAAGGGAGAUAUUAUAACAAAAUACUCUGAUAGAUUUUUUCAGAAAGAGGUAAUGAGAGUCAUUGAUGAUGAAGUUGCUGAUGCAGAUUAUAGCUCUCAACCAAAUGCAGAGGCCUUGACUGAUGAGCCUGACGCAGGGUUUCUAAAAUUGACAACAACUCAAGAAUGGUUGAUGGGUGAAACUUCUGCACCAAUCAAUAGGAAGCCAACCAAUAAGGAAUUACAGGAUGAUAGGGAAAGAAGAAGGAGGCUCAACUUUCUAAAUUAUGAAGCUCUUAAGAGGGAAUUGCAGUUCAUGACUCUGGGGAUUGGAGCCGCCUGUACUGGGUAUUGCUUAUUCAUAUUCUCAAUCCAGGCAGCAGUGAGUUAUGCUUCAGGAGUUGGAUUUAGUUUCUUGUAUCUGCAACUGUUGUAUCAGCAUGCGGACAACAUAUCACAGGAUUCAGUUCCACAAAUUUUCCGGCAAAAGAAAACAAAGAAAAUUGGAAUACGAAGUGAGGAUCUGAAAGAUUCACUAGAAAAAUCAGUCAAGGGAAGUGGGAUUGCUCUUUCGUCUCCAAGACUUGUAAUCCCUGCAGCAAUAUAUGGAUUAUGGGUCCUGCUUCACCAGAACUUUGCUACUGAUCUCUUUGAUUUCCAGAUUGUGCCUGCUAUGUUGGGAUUAUUUGCUUACAAAGCUGCCGCGCUCGUUCAAGUUUAUAGAGAUAAUGAAGACUUACAAUUCAUCUUUCCAGAUACUGAGGAAAGCUCAGGUGUCUGAAACUCAUGUCUUGCUUCAAACAUAGAACAUUUUACCUUCCCCAGUUCAGAAAGCUAUUGUUAAUACUGAAACUGAAAUUUUGGUGCUGGAGGCUGGAGCACACUUUUUCUUGGUAAAAAAUUCUAUAUAUGUAUGAGUUGGUUUGAUCUGUAUGUAUUGUAGGAUACUAGGAGGCAUAUGUAGUACAGAGAUCCAACUUUCUGCCUUUGUAGGUACUAUAGCAGGUGAUAAUAUAUUUGUUGUACCCUUUCCGUUGGAGCUAUGCCAUUAGUAAGCCAUCCUCGCUACAUUUUUUUUUCUUUGAAUUUGGACUAGUGUCCGUCCUCCUAAACUUCUCUCUACUUUUUCACCUUUUUUUAAUCUUCGUGAAGUUUCUCAUGUACAGAUUAAUCAUGGAGUUAUGAGUAAUGUAAAAAUGAAAGGAUUGUUAGCAAAGGCGACAGUUGAUCUAGAUCAGGCUUCUUUUGAACCAGAUUUGUUUAUAAAACAAAAGAUAAAAGUUGUGCUGUAAAAUUUGUUAAACAAUUUUAGUCUACUG